GCCAGUCCUGCCCCUAUAACCUCUCAACCGUCGAACGAAGAUACAGAAAAGCCUGACAUGAUUCUCGAAGAAAUGGACACUCUGCUCAUCAAACGCAUGAGGGAGUUACAGACGCAGCCGUUUAACUCCUGGGUGUUCGACAAUUACUGGGAAGCUGUAACGUCCCUCCAGCAAGAGAUUCGCUCUUUUAACCAGAGUCAAGUUAUAGAUAUAAUAAACAGUAGAUCUCCAUUAUAGCUCGCUUUUCAAUCUAUAUCAGGAUCUAAAGUUCACUUUGCUCGAGCAGGAACCCCUUUUAGAUACUCACAAGAUGAACACUCCCGCGUAUACCGUGACGUUUUGCAAGAAACUUACGGACUAUCAAAUACGCCUGGCUACUUUGCAUAGUCAAAUACUCGAGGAGCAGGAGGCUGAGCCCCUUUCCGAACCAGAGAUUGAGGCUGUUCCGCUUGAGAUUUUGCAAGUCGACGAUCAUGAUUAUAAAAAGGGUAUCCGUAUUCUUGUACGGCCUCUUAUUGAUCACCCCAAUUUGUUCUUAAACUCUGGCGACAAUAAUUAUAAACGGCUCGAACUCCGCGCUGAUGGGGCUUCCCCAAAUAGCCCUAAACAUAUGGUCCUGGCUAUAACUCAGGAUUUGAUAGACGCUAAAUGUACAAUUAGGCUACCUGGGUCUACUGAAGGUGAGAUGGCACGGUCGCCGUUAUGGUGCGAACUCUACUAUCAUGAUCCAGCUCGUGAUAGCAUUGCCUUCUUAAACAGGUCGGAUGUGCCUGUCUCACUCAGCCGGAUGUCUCAUGCUAGCAGCAGCUUGUCACUGAAUGAGUCUUAUAUUAUUAAACCGCGUCUCCACAGAAGCCUUAGGCCAGGUACCUUUAGGCUUGAAAUGGAAGAUGUUGAAGUGCUGGAUAUUCGGAUUUUGGGAAAGCGACCAACUGGGAAGGGGACAGUUACUGAGGCAGCAAGUAAGGCAGUUAGCAACGUAACUGCUGCGUCCAAGGGUAAAUCGUCUUCUUCGGUUAAGUACCUAGAAGAAACGGGUGAGGCAGAAGAAGACUUCAGUCCCAGUCUCAAGAGAGUUGGCCAUGUGGAAUUUGAUCAGAUUGCAAAGGCAAAUGAGGCUAGGAAACGCCAGCCCGUGCAGCCUCCCCGCAUUCGUCGGACUACUCCCUCUGCCGCACCCGGGCUGGAACCGGCCUAUGGUGCCCGCAGUAGUUACCAGACGCCCGACGAAGAUGCAGAGGAAGAAGACAUAGAGGCACGACAGCAGGCGUUAGAGGCACGACAGCAACGCCUGCAGCAUCGCAUGAAUGAGCGGCGCCGGCCCGCUACUGCUGUGACCCAAAGGAGUUACCUGACGCUCGACGAAAACGAAGACGCAGAAGAAGAAGACAUGGAGCUUUAGAGACUUGGAUGGUAUGAUGAUUCCCUAUGCUAAUUACUCGUCUGCUGCCAUAUCGAUUCCCCCGCCUCUCUCUUACCCUUCUCAACAACCGCAAUACGGCCCGUACUCUACCGGUGCCCCUUCGCCUACUCUCCCUAUACCUCCGGC